GUGACUAUGGAAACUAUUUGUAGAGUGACAGUUUCUCCGGGGAAACUUGAAGCUUCAGGAUGGGCUGGCCAACGUGGCGGAGGGAAAGAGCGCAGGCCCCAGCUUUGGGGAAAGUUUGUCCUCCACUGCUACAACGGGGAUUUGACCAGGAAGUGCGGGACCCAGAGUCCAGCCCGCCUGUCCAGCGCUACUCACUAACUAUGGGCCUUCGCCCAGCUGUCCUCCCACUCUGUGCCUCUGUGUCUCUGCUGGGAGGUCUGACCUUUGGCUAUGAGCUGGCUGUCAUAUCCGGUGCCCUCCUGCCACUACAGCUGGACUUCGGGCUGAGUUGCCUGGAACAGGAGCUCCUGGUGGGCAGUCUGCUCUUGGGUGCUCUCCUUGCCUCCCUUGUCGGGGGCUUCCUCAUUGACCGCUAUGGCAGGAGACGAGCCAUCCUGGGGAGCAAUGUGGUGCUGCUGGCUGGCAGCCUGAUUCUGGGUCUGGCCGGCUCCCUGCCCUGGCUGCUUCUGGGCCGCUUAUCUGUUGGCUUUGCCAUCUCUCUGUCUUCCAUGGCUUGCUGUAUCUAUGUGUCAGAGUUGGUGGGGCCACAGCAGCGGGGUGUGCUGGUGUCCCUCUAUGAGGUGGGCAUCACUGUGGGCAUCCUGUUCUCUUAUGGUCUCAACUAUGUCCUGGCUGGCAGCCCCUGGGGCUGGAGGCACAUGUUUGGCUGGGCGACUGCACCUGCUCUCCUACAGUCGCUCAGCCUCUUCCUUCUCCCUGCUGGGGCAGAGGGCACAGCAGCCCGCCAAGACCUCAUCCCACUCCAGGGAAGGGAGAUCAGCAAACUGGGCCCGGUGAAGCCACGGUACACUUUUCUGGACCUCUUCAGGGCCCAGGAUGGCAUGUGGAGCCGGACUGUGGUGGGCCUGGGGCUGGUACUGUUUCAGCAGCUCACGGGACAGCCCAACGUGCUGUAUUAUGCCUCCACCAUCUUUCGCUCCGUUGGCUUCCAUGGGGGCUCCUCAGCUGUACUGGCUUCUGUGGGACUUGGUACUGUGAAGGUGGCUGCCACCCUGGUCGCCACGGGGCUGGUGGACCGUGUAGGCCGCAGAGCCCUUCUGCUCUCUGGAUGUGCUCUCAUGGCCUUGUCGGUCAGCGGCAUAGGCCUGGUCAGCUUUGCUGUGUCCCUGGACUCUGGCCCCAGCUGCCUGGCCACAUCCAACACCAGCCAGCAGAUGGACCUGCCUCGAAACUCGGCUCUGCUUGUGCGUUCAUCUCUACCACCAGUGCUACACACCAGUGGGGACCAAGGACAACCAGUCCUGUCAGUCACCGAGAGACCCAUCCAUCCAGUCAUCGCAGCCUCCCUGGGACCAGCUCUGAGUACCGCCUCCCCAGUUCCCACCAGUCCCAUCCUGGAGCAUACCCUGCUGUGCUGGUCUGCGCUAGUUUGCAUGAUGGUCUACGUGAGCGCCUUCUCCUUUGGAUUCGGACCAGUAACCUGGUUGGUCCUCAGUGAGAUCUACCCAGUGGAGAUCCGAGGGAGAGCCUUCGCUUUCUGCAACAGCUUCAACUGGGCAGCCAACCUCUUCAUCAGCCUCUCUUUCCUCGACCUCAUUGGUGCCAUCGGCCUGGCCUGGACCUUCCUGCUCUAUGGGCUGACCGCUGUCCUUGGCUUGGCUUUUAUCUACUUACUUGUCCCUGAAACAAAAGGGAAGGCAUUAGCUGAGAUAGAGCAGCAGUUUCAGAAGAGCAGGUUCCCUCUGAACUUUGGCUGCAGGCAGCACAGCGGUAUUCAGUACCAUCGCCUGGACGUCUCCUUGGCCUCCUGAGGCGUCCAUCUGCUUGGAAGAUGCUGGGACAUCGGUUUCUGCAGCCCAUCUCCAGCUCCUGCCUAUUGGGGCCUGGAAUCUGGAUCAUGAGAUCUAGAUAUCCUCCUGUAGUGAGCCCUGUCCUGCUCCAGAGGUGGCCUCUUGCCUUGGUGAAAGAUGACCGUUUUGAGUGUGAGACUCCAAGGGCUCUGGAAGAUCUAGCUCCAUGCCUCAGUUUCCCUCAUGGAAUUGGCUUGUCUGCCCUGUUUAUAAUGGCAUCCUCUGUGUGUGUUAUCCACCAAGUGCUUCUCAGAGGACCAGGGAAGGAAGUGUCUCCUCCCACCAGCCCCGGGCCAGCAGAGGCUGUGAGUCUCCGCCUUCCUCUUCCCUUGCUGGGGGUUUUAGUGAUCCAGAGCCUGUAUUCAUUAUCUGUUUUCUUCUUGCUGAAGAUAUUUAUCAGGUGUUGGGACUCUGACUGGGGACAUAAGGCUGUAACUAAGAUGGCUUUAGGACCCUGGCCUCAGUUUCCCCCAUGUGUGUCACAGAAGCCUGGGCUAGCCCGCUCCUAAGCUCCCUUCUCACUCCACAAAGGAUGGAAGUCUCAGAGCAGAGGCUGAAUAAACACUCAAUCAGGGCUCCCGUCCAGUGGCUCUAGGGACAGAAGCUUUGUUAGCAGAGAGUGCACCCCAGUUCCAGAGUCUAGCACUCUGGAAUGUAAGAGCUGGACCCCAACAUGUGACAAGUGCUAGGAACCCAACGGUUCCCAGGAUUCAGCUGGGGGGCUUUGAAUGAAGGAGGUUUUAGAGGGACUUCUCCAUGUAUUGGUGGUUGUGGCUUCUACUUGGGGUGCUACUGACUUCUUAAAGCCUCAGUUUAUUCAUCUGCAGAAUGAGCACAGUUGUACCCCUCAGGAUAUACUGACUUACCCCAUCUCUCUCAGGAGGGUCUUCAGUGAGCCCUGGGGGCUUCUGUUCACUGCAGGGCUCUUUUGGAAGGCAUUGUAAAAGGUCAGUCAGCUGGAGACAAACAAGUAUCUCAGGUCAGAGGUCACAUAAGGAGGGUAUCAAUAAGACAGAAUUGGUUCCUGGACACUGGGUAGCUGGCUUCACUGGUACUGUCAGCCACAUUCUCCAGGUUCCCAAGCCUGGCCUGGUGACCUCGCUCUCUGUUUCUAGGUAUUUCCUUCAUAACCAGUGGUGUGCUGGAUUAAGCUUGUCCUGGCUCCCCACAGCAGACUGCCACACAGUCAGGAUUUCUACAGACUGGUUGUUAAGCACUGUCAUCAUUUAAAAAGUGUUUUAAUUGAUAAUAAAUAAUCAAUGUCAUUAUAAUAGUCAAUACUCGAACAGCAUCAGCUCCUUCUCAGGUGGUGCAUGCCUGUAAUUCCAGCACUCAGGAGGCUAAAGGAGUGAGUGUUCUAGGCCAGUCUGGCUUCAAACUGAAACCUUGUCCAACCAAAUCAAUAAGCGAACACAAAAAAGCCAAACCCGUGUCACCGCCUCCUAACACCUCUGCUGCGCUUCUCCCUCCUCCACGCUGCUGAUGUCCUCAUGUGUGUGUGCCAGAGAUGGAGGCAGGUGCUGUGCAUUUUACUGCCUCUGCGCUCUGUGUCUUCCCACUGAACCGAGCCUGGCCGUACCUUUGCAUUCCAGAGGUUAGGGGACACGGCAGACCAGAGCUUGGUUUAUUGUUUGGUUGGUUUUUUUUUUCUGGAGUUGUGAACUGCUGGGUCAAGUGUUAAUUAUAUAAAUUAAACUCAAUGGUACCCCCUGUGUAGCCAGUGUGUUGAAAACAUCGCAGAAAAUGGGGCGUGUGUGAAAAAAUAUCCCACCACCGAUCAGUUCAGCUUACUCUUGGCCUCAAUGGAGGGAGGGGCUCUGAUAUGCAUCUUACCUUCUGGAAUGUGUGUCUGUCUCCUCGCCCCAACUGCAUACCCACUGCUUACGGAAUGCUCAUCAGAUGGAAUGUUGUCUCACGCAAAGACGUGAAAUUUAAAAGUGUAUUUUGAAAUAAAUUAUUUUGAACACCAA